UUUUCUUGUCUGAACACGAUGACAGGAGCUGAACUUCUGUCUUUAACCAAACAAAGUUCACCAGCUAACAUUGAUUUAACAUGUUUUUACCUGAAAUUACACCAAUCUCCAAAGAGUAACCUGCUCACCAUCAUCAUACAAUUUCCUCCACCUGAACUGACUGUGUAUCCACAGCAGAUCACAGUUUCAGACUCAGUCACAGUGAACUGUGGGAAUCCUUCAUCUGUUUCUGUGGAGAAUUGUUUUUUAUAUUUCAUAAACUCAAAGAUGACCAGAAGCAUUUCCUGUGAGCAAACACUGAUUACAGGAAGUGAGCUCCUGAUGAUGACACAUCAAACUUCACCUGCUGAGGUUGAAUUAAAAUGUUAUUACAUGGUGAAGCGUGGAGGACUGCAUCAGUCUCCAUACAGCAAAACGUCUACAGUCACCGUCCACAAUGUUCAGGAAACAGAAUCGACCAAGUUUCAGAGAGUAACGACUGUCAGUGUGACUGAUGAUGUUCAGGAAACAGAAUCGACCACGUUUCAGAGAGUAACGACUGUCAGUGUGACUGAUGGUCAAACAUUUAGGACAACAGUGGAAACAGAAAGUCCAUUUUCUGAUCCGCCAUCAUCAGUGAAUCCUUCAUUAUUUGGUACAACAGAUUCAAGUGGAAGUACCACAGUCAACACUUUAGGCUCAGUUUCUACUUUGUCAACGUCACCAUCAGAGGCACCAGCUGUUGAGAAUAAGGAUUUUCCUGCAACCACUGCAGCAAAUUGGAAAUUCGAAACUAAAUGGAUGUAUGUAGCUGUACCUGGUUUUGGAGUAUUUGUGGGAGUAGUUUUGCUUGUGGGACUUCUCUGUUCCUUCAGAUGGAGAAGUGAUAAAAAAACUUACCGGAGAUCACGAGGCUUUAAUGAUAACUUCAUAGGAAUGAGGAAUGUCACUAAUGGAGGACUGUUACCUGUUGGGGAUGAAGAUGGCUACCACACAGUCACCUCCGUUCCUGCAGACGAUUCUGCAACUGAAUCUGUUGCGAUUAACAGACAGAACUCUCAAAAUGAAAAUCAUGAUGUUUACCACGUUUACUCCACCAUCCCUGAUGAACCAGAAGAACCGACCGUAGUGAAGGAGCUGUACUACACCAUACAAGCUCACUGAAAAACAGCUUUUGUUUAAAGACGCAUUAAAAUAUCCGCUAAAUGUACAGUUACAGAUUAUGAUUUUAUAGAUAUUUUUAUUAUUAUCAUUUCAUAAUUGUUGUUCCUUUCCUUUCUGGACUAUAAUUACUUUUAAAAACGCAGUGCUGUUUUAUCUGUUCAGCUGUUUUCUUUUUGUGACAAAAUUCAAUGUUUAAAAAUGUUAAAAUUUUAUGUAUUUUUUUAUUUUUGUUUUGGGGGAGUAUGUCUUUGUCAGUCUUGCACAUCUGGAGAUGAAAGGUUUUUCUCAAGAUUAAAUUAAGAACAACUGAAAACCUAAAAUUAUUCCAAAGAAUGACAUUUAAAUUAAAGUCUAAACUUUAACUAGGACAUUUUAAACAGCAACUUCAUUACACUUCUGCUUGUGUGGUUUUGGUUAUCCAGUACUGAAUCUCCUUUAGCAGGUUUUGUGCCACUGUUGUUUUGUAUUUGCCUCCAUAAAAGCAGCUUCUCUCUUCUUAAUAAAACCAACCUCAGCCUGAUGCAGCUUCUUCCAUGUUUCAGUUUGUUGGUUUUCAGUCGUGCUGUUUGUUUUCUGUGAAACUUCAUUUUGUUCUAAUCUAAUGAGAGUAGAUUUUUAGCAGUAUCACAUUUUAUUUAGGGGAAUCUUCAGAUGUUUUGUUUACUGUGAACUUAUGUAUCAUUGUCCUUUCACUUUGCAAUGAUGAGCCACUUUGUUACGUCGAAAUCUAUGGAAACAGAUUUGUGCCAAUAAUACCACACAAAAUGUUUUACUUCUGAAAUGCUUCUUCUGUUUCCUUAAUUUUAGUUUUUAUCCUGUCAACCUCUUUGUUGGUGUAACUACUUAUUGUUCUUUUCUUGAUAUAUGGAAAUACAUUUCUAAAUGUUUUUGUCACUGGAUGUUAAUUUUUAACAAGUAUUAUCUGAAAUGAUCAUAUUCAGAGUCAGAAAAGCCAAAAUUAAAACUUAACCCAACACAAAAAUACUGACUAAACUAAGUUACGUAGUUUUGGCAAUGUUGGUGACUUAUUGUGGUUUUAAUUCAUUUGAAGAAGGAAAGGAGAGAAUCAUCAACUGAGAUAAUCAACCUGAAGAGGAAAAAUAUUGAUCUGCAAAGUUAUCCAUUGAUUGCUUCUUGUUUAAGAUUGGCUUUAGUUCUUUAAAUUACUUUUGAUGCACUGCACAAACAUUAUGGGAAUUGUUUGAUAUUUCAAUUUAUGGCGGCGCCUGUUUUAGUUGUUUGCUGUUCCGAAUGUUUCCCUCCUCUGAUACAAUGUCUGGUUAAGAAUCGUAACUUGAACAAGAUUAAAUAAAACAACAGAGACUCAUCUGCUCAUGUUUGCACAGUUGUUAGUUUCCGCUGAAGUCAGCAGCA